ACCAGGCGCUCGCGUUCCUCCUCCUCCAGGUCGGUGGUCCGUCUGCCCCUCGGAAGCGACGUCCAGGUUGGUGAUGGCUGAGGAGGAGGCUGGCAGUCUGUCCCAAGUGCUGGCUCGGGUUGGGGCCUCGCACCAAAUCACCGAUUUGGCCCGCAAGCUUCGCUUCUAUAACGACUGGGCUCCAUUCUACGACCAGGAUGUGGCUGCCCUGGAGUACCGAGCCCCCAGCCUCGCAGUGGACUGUCUCUGCCAAGCUUUUCCAGGAUCUCGCCAAGAUGCCUUGAUUCUGGAUGUGGCCUGUGGCACUGGCCUGGUGGCUGCUGAGCUGCAGGCCCGGGGUUUCACCCAGCUGCAUGGCAUAGACGGGAGCCCGGAGAUGCUGAGACAGGCCCGGGCACGUGGCCUCUACCACCACCUCAGCCUCUGCACCCUGGGCCAGGAGCCACUGCCCAGCCCUGAAGGAACCUUCGAUGCCGUGAUCGUGGUGGGCGCCCUCAGUGACGGGCAGGUGCCCUGCAGCGCUGUUCCUGAGCUCUUAAGAGUCACCAAACCUGGUGGCCUUGUGUGUUUGACCACCAGGACCAACCCGUCCAACCUUCGGUACAAGGAGGCCCUGGAGACCACCUUAGACACGCUGGAACAGGCUGGGGCAUGGGGACGCCUGGAGGCCCAACCUGUUGACUGCUGGGAACUUGCAACCUCGGAGUCAGAGGCGGUCGCAGGUAGCCAGGUAGGAGAGAGCCCAAAAGAGGGAACCAGAGAGACGCCACCCCGCCUGCCUGCUUCAGCAGACCGGGAGCUCAGCAGCUGAUUGGGCCAUCCAGUCAACUCUCUCCCCCCCCUCGCUCUCUCGCUCUCUUUUGCUCUCUCUCUCGCUCUCUCUCUCUCUUGCUCUCGCUCUCUCUCUCUCUCGCUCUCUCUCUCUCUUGCUCUCGCUCUCGCUCUCUCUCUCUCUCUCUCUCUCUCUCUCUCUCUCUCUCUCUCGCUCUCGCUCUCUCUCGCCCCCUACUCAAAUGUGCUGACCUCUUCCUGAAUCAGCCCCCCCUGAGCCCCUUUACUGGCUGUUCACCUCUCCUGAGCUUCCAGCUCCUGGCUGUGCCCAGCUUCUCAGCCAGGCUGGGCUGAGAUGGGAUGGGGUGGGGUGAAGGGACCCCUACUCUCACAUGGGCUGUCUAUCCACUCCUGCCCCCUACAUGGAAACAGCUCUUUGUUCUUCUUUUCUCCUUCCUUCUGUUAAUUUAAUAAAGUCUCUGGUAUAUGGA